CUCCACUGUCCGACGUGACGUUUGACGGAUGACAGCUGUGCGCAUGCGCUGUGCAUAGCUUUGCGUCGGCGGAGAUUUAAUAAUAUAUUUUUUUUUUUUGGGGGGGGUGGGCUCCGGUUGAGCUGCCGGUAAAGUGUUCGACACCGAUUAUCAGUUUGGUUUCGAGAUCGAGUAUCUGGCAUCGCUCUGUGUGUGAAAAAACGUGUUUGGUGGUGUGACGUCAGCGCCCCCGGCGUGACGUCAAUGGUGACCGCCUGGUGAGAGCAGAAUCCAAGAUGGCGCAGAGAGCGGAGGAUGAGGAGGAGAGCAGCGGAGCCGGAGCGGGGCUGAGGAUGAGGAGGAGCGGGUCCCGGAGCCUGGCCACCCGGGAGAGGGACGAGCAGGUGCGGGCCGUGCAGGAAGCCUUGAUGGGGAAGCUGGGGAGCUACGAGCCGGUGCUGAGCUACAUGCAGGCCGUACUGGUGUGGGAGAGACCCCGGCACAGCGCCCUGCUCCACCUGCUGCUCAACGCCACCUUCUGGUUUUUUGCGCUGACCUCGCUCAGAAUCGUCUUCUUAGGAGCCUUCGGCCUGAUGGUCGUCAUCUGUGUGGAUCAGUGGAAGAACAAGAUUUGGCCUGAACUGGGAGCCGCAAGAGGUGGCGAGACGGACAAUGAAAGUUGGGGCUUCGUACACCCGCGUCUGCUGAGCGCGCCGGAGUUAUGCCACCAUGCUGCUGACGUCUGGGUCACUCUCACAAACUUUCUAAGGAACCUUAAAGUCUUUAAAUCCGAAAAUCCUGGAAAGUUCUGUCUGCUGAUCUGCGGAUUCCUCACGUUCCUGAUUGUCCUGGGCGGAUAUAUCCCUGGUCUGGUUCUCUCCUAUCUGCUGUGUGAGUCCAUCUUUUCAGUUUUCCCUGUUUACACUACCACUUUGCACCAAAGCUUGCCAAAUUGUGGCCAAUAG